GUGUGUUUGCGUCUUUGACCUCACCUACAUUAUCUGCGCCAACCACACAUGCACCUAUUGUCUCCCACAUACAUCAGGAUGCUUCAUGUACUUUCAGAGGGUGUGGGAGUGGUCACAUGACUCCACAAUACUAUCCAACAAUGAACUUGGGAGGGAGCUGGAGACUGGUAUAAAUGAUGAUGGAUUUUUAUUAGGGGACUCUGGAUAUCCUUGCAAACCCUGGCUGAUGACUCCAUUACCAGAAACAUCAUCAAGAGCUGAGGAAAAGUACAACAGCUCACACUGCAGGACACGGAAUACUGUGGAAAGAGCAUUUGGUUUACUGAAGUCGAGAUUUAGAUGUCUGCACAAAAGUACGGGAUGCCUCCCUUUUAGCCCUACAAGAUGUUCCCAUGUGAUCAUGGCAGCUUUUAAGCUCCACAACUUCUGUUUGGAUUUGAAGCUGCCUAACCCUCCUGAAGUAGAUGCAGACACAUUUCAAGUUGACCAGGAUGCUUGUCAAGACCAGCAGGAGGGCCGGCAGAUAAGACGGCAACUGAUAGAGCAAUAUUUCUCUACUUGAGGUUUGUGCAUAUAAAUUAUACUGUAUUCCGCUAUUUACAAUAAAGGAUACCAUUCGCUUCCACAUGGUUCAAAAAUUGUGGUACUCAAAACAUAUGUGUUAAAUACAUUUCUACAACAAAGAGGUUAUUUCACUGAAAAUUUAACGGAAAUCUAUAACGAAUGAAAGUACUGUAAUUUGACCCACUAAUUGACUCAGUGUGCAAUUUUUAUUGAAAUGAAAGACCUGAAAUACUUCACCUCAAUUAAAAAAAAAAAUUGUAUUUACUUUUUAUUCAAUUUUUAAUUAUACUUUUAUAUAAUUCCUUAUACAAUUACAGAAAUACAAUUUGUUUUUAACAAUUUCACUUAUAUAAAACUUAAUACAAAGUUAUUUUUAAAUAAUAUUUUCAUUUGCAUCGACAUAAACCUCCAAAGAUUCACUAUGACACAAAAUCAGGCUCUUGGUAAAUAUUCAAAAUGUCCAAACUUGAAGCAAUAAAGAACUUGAACUUGAACUUGUCAUAUGCUAAUUUAAUUAAAGUUAUACUUAUUCAUUAGAAAUAAUUAUAUUUUGCAAGACUGAUUGGUUUUGCAUAAAAGCAAAUUGUUCUUCCUCCACUUUUAAUCGUCUGGUUUCGACAUCCAGCAGUUUUUCUAGGAUAUUCAACUUCUUUCUCUCCAAGUCGAUCAUUAUUUCGAUAUGUUCAGCUGGUUGUUUGUCAGACGUUUUUUUCUUUCUU